GGCAAUAUAUCGAGAAAUUGAUAUUCUCGCUACAACUUUGCCAUUUUAUUUGAAAUCGCCAGCGGCAGCUAUUAUCUGCACCCAGCGAUCAUCGAUAAUUAUCGAUUUUAUCGAUAAAACGGCCCAGAACCAUAUUGUUGAAACACUUUACUCUUUGUCUUUUACCCUUUUGUUUAAAAUCACCAGAUCCAAGUGAAAUCUUUAGUUUUUUAUUUUUAUCUCAAAAUGUUGAUAAAUGAACUUCCCGACGAUUGUUUGCUCGCCAUUUUUGACCAAUUCAAUGACCUGCAUCAUUUAAUAGCCUGUUUUAAAGUGUGUCUUAAAUGGAGUCAUUUGAUUGCUAAACGAGCUAAAAAAGUUAAAUAUUUGAUGGAUUAUCGUGCUCGUGUACUUAAUUAUUCACCUGAUUAUGUUUAUUAUAGAGACAGAGAUCUGAUUGAUGUAGCCGGUUUGAGCUCAUUAUUUCCAAAUUUAAUAAUUGCUGAAUUUUCUGAAAGAUUCCAAAGAAAAAGUUACGUCUAUAGAUGUGAACAUAUUUUAGAAUUUAUCAGAAAACAUGAGCCUUUGCGAGAAAUGAUCACUUCAUGUCGUGUAGCAGUGGAAGAAUGUUGCGAUAAUCUCGAAAUGCUAGCCAUCGAUUGUUCUAAGCCAGGCAUACUACAAAAUUGCAUCUGUUCAAAACAAUUAAGUAUCCGAGAUGAUACUUUGUUUAAUCUCGAAAGUGAAGCACAAUAUCGACAAAAUCUUGAAAGACUACAAAUUAUCCUUAAUGGUGAGUAUAUAAAUAUUUUCUUCAGAAAAGUUCACUUAUAAAAAUCCAUCUUGCAUCCUCAGGCAGUUACCUCAAUGGUCCAGUAUUGGAAAAGCUCAAAGUAGUUGUAAUGCACUCAAAUGUUGCCAAUCUUGGCAUGACUUUUUACGGUUUACAGUUCAUGGAUUCAUGUCCGAAUUUACAAAGUGCCCAUAUAACCAUUAAUUCUACAACUUUGCUUGUUGAUGAAACAUUAAAACACGAAUCUUUGCAAGAUUUAGUGAUACAUUGCGUAAGUAUUCA